AUGACAAAUAGAGUGAAAGAAUAUAUAUGUAGAUGGACAUAUGAGGCCGAUAUUCCUUUUCAUGCAUUUGAAAGAGAUAGCUUCAAGAUGAUGUUAGAAGCAGUUGGACAAUUCGGUCCCGGAGUUGAAUCACCAAGUAGAUAUGAGAUGAGUGAAACAUUCUUGAAGAAAGAAGUGGAUAAAGUGAAAGAGUCUUUGAAGAUACAUGAAGAGGAGUGGAAGCAAAAUGGAUGCUCAAUCAUGACGGAUGCUUGGACCGAUAGAAAGAGAAGAAGUGUAAUGAAUUUGUGUGUGAAUUCAACUUUAGGCACCGUUUUCCUUUCUUCUAAAGAAUGUUCACUUGAUUCACACACAAGUGAAUAUAUUUAUGAGUUUGUUGAGCAUGUCAUUGAACAAGUUGGAGUUGAAAAUGUUGUUCAAGUUGUCACGGAUAAUGCCUCAAACAACAUGAGAGCUUCAAAGUUAUUGAAAGAGAAGCGGCCAACCAUCUUUUGGACUUCUUGUGCCACCCACACGAUAAAUCUAAUGCUUCAAAGCAUUGGAAAUCUCCCAAGGUACAAGAAAGUCCUUGAUCAAGCAAAGGCUUUAACGAUCUUUAUUUAUGCUCAUCACAAGACUUUGGCAAUGAUGAGAACUUUCACAAACAAGAGAGAUAUAGUGAGGUCUGGUGUGACUAGAUUUGCAUCUUCAUUCCAUACUUUGCAAAGUUUAGUCGAGAAGAAGAUUGAAUUAAGGGAAAUGUUUUCUAGCAAUGAAUGGGAGGCAUGUAAAUUUUCCAAGAUAGCUAAAGGGAAGGUAGCACACACAACCGUAACAAGUUUGGGAUUUUGGCAAGGUGUAAUGGCAUGUUUGAAGGUUUUUGCACCAUUGGUGAGAGUAUUUCGACUUGUUGAUUGUGAUAGCAAGCCAUCAAUGGGGUUUGUAUAUGGUGAGCUUAUGAGAGCAAAAGAGGAAAUCAAACAUGCUUUGUCCGAUGUCCCAAGGAACUAUAAAUUGAUUAUUGACAUUAUUGAAGAAAAAAAUGAAAGAUAG